CUCAUUGGUCGGCCACUCAGCCAACCACCAACCAGAGUGGCCGUUGUUUGGCUGGUAUCCAGGGCCCUAGCCAAUAGAGACGAGGGUGCAUACUUUGCCGCGUUAAGAGUCGGGCUUUCGCGCCUGAGUGUGAGGAAAUUUCGAGACUUCGACGUCGAGCUCAGUCACUUGGCCUCUGACAUAACCGCUUGCGGCGCCCCGUGGUGAAAGACCUCACUUUCUCUGUGGUGAGUGGGGGAGAGCAUCUUCCCUCAGGCCGUGCCGCCUCUCCUGGCGACAUGAGCUCCCGGGAUGAGGAUAAGGUGUCCGCUCCUGAAGCCACCUUGGGGCAGGAGGGCAGGGAACGCUUAGAGGACCCCCUGAUCAGUCUCGGAGUUGCAGAGGGCUCGAGCCUCAUCAAAGGGCCUCUGAAGAUCGGAGAGGGAGAGGGCGGUCUCCCUGGGACUGAUAGCUGCGAGGAGGAGCCUUGGCCUAAGUCGGAAGCAACAAAGGAAGGAGAAAGGCUGCUUAGUGAGCCAGAAGGCAGGGCUGCUUCUCCCGUGGACCAAGAAGAUGUCGGCGUGGACUUCCUGCCCCAGCUCAGUAUUGAGGCUACAGCGAUAAUGCGAGAGCUGUCCAACCUACAGACGCGAAGAGUUUCCAGGUACCUGUCCCCACAAACCUGCGCCGCUGAACUGGCCGCUGAACUGGCCGCCCUUUGGGGAAGUGUAGAUGACAGCUCCAGCAGACGGGGGCAGGCCCUGAGCAGUGUUGAAGGGAAGCAGGUCUCGGCUAGCCCACUGUACCCCCGGGGCCUUGGGAGAAACAGAGCCUGGGUGGCCCCGAGAAGAGGUGUCACAAGUAGGAUGUUGAGCAGUGAAAGUAUUCAGUGUCCCUCCUCAUACCCUACAUCUUCUGAUGAGGCCAGUGAGACACAGAUGAUGAGGGUGACCAUUUGCCUCAAAGAAGGAGGCCAAGGCAAGUCCAGUGGCCUCACUGAGCUGGAAGACACAGGCAGACACACGACUGUCCAUGGCAGGGAAAGUUUCGUCCAUGUGCCCCCCUCUGUACUGUCCAGUGCUACCCGGACACUCAGCUCAAGCAUGGAGAAGCAGGCUUCAGGAGAGCUGAAAGGCUCCCUGUCUAAGAAAAAGCAAAGUGUGGUCUGGGGCAAAGAAGGGAGCAGACACAGCAUCCCAGGAACUGCUGCUUCCUCUGCUACUGCCAUCUCUGCUGUGGUCCCUGCCCCUGCUGCCACUGCUUCAGGUGCCAUUCCCAAGACCAGUCCUAGAAAGAAGGCAGCACAGGAGAAGCCUCAGAAGCAAGCCCAUGAGAAGUCUUUGUUAGAUCCCUCAAGAGGGCCCCUGGGAAGAACCUUCCCAGCAUGGGGACAGAGACUCAAAUCAGCUCCUGUAGGACCAUCCACCCUCCCCCCAAUCUCCGGGGUUGCCCUGCUAGGGAAGGGCAGUAAAGGCUCACUGCCUUCGGGGCCCAAAGAGUGCAAGCCCUUCUGCACUGGGAAGAAAUCCCUGGCGAAGAAGACAAAGGAAUCCCAGCUAGGAGCCAAAGAAGAUGAUGACUCCACCAGAGAUUCUGGCCUGCAGGCUCAACUUCCAACACACAGGGCAGAGCAACCCUGCAUGUUCAUGCAUCGUGGAGAAAUGAGCAGUGGAGACCCCAACCGAGCACCCCAGGUUCCAGGAAGCUCUCAGGUCUUGAGGCAGAGAAGUGCCCGUCUCAGAGCUCCUGCCUCUGCUGCUGAACAGGAUCCAACUCUGGAUCCUUUACUACCUGUUAGAGAGAGUCAGCCAGAAUUAGUACAAGGCACACCAGGAUGUCCGCAGGUAAGGUAUUCACAAAACUAAAUGCCAGCCCCAGGUAGCCCCUGAGCUGACAGCUCACAUUCUGUGCCAACGCCUGUCCCACACUCCACAGAGAGAGGACACCUCCUUCAUGUUUGAGGUUCUUUGCCAGUCUCCUCACAGGACUGUGACCAGUGAGAGGU